CAUCUCUCAUCACUCAACAGCUGCUUCUCUCUCUCUCUCUUUUCAAUUUUUCAAUAAUUUAUUUAGCUUAGUAAGUCGUCAAUGGCGGCCGCCGAUGUUGAGUAUAGGUGUUUCGUCGGUGGGUUGGCGUGGGCCACCACCGAUCAGUCCCUUGAGCAGGCUUUCUCGCAGUACGGCGAGGUCGUCGAAUCGAAGAUCAUCAAUGAUCGGGAGACGGGGAGAUCGAGGGGAUUUGGGUUUGUCACGUUCAGCAACGAGCAGUCGAUGAGGGAGGCUAUUGACGCCAUGAACGGCCAGGAGCUGGACGGUCGGAAUAUCACCGUUAACGAGGCUCAGUCCCGCGGUGGCGGCGGUGGUGGAGGCGGCGGCGGUGGGUUCCGUGGUGGGCCGCGUCGUGACGGCGGAGGCGGUGGGUAUGGUGGCGGCGGAGGCGGUGGCUAUGGAGAACGCCGUGGGGGCGGUGGCUAUGGCGGUGGGAGUGGGGGAGGUAGCUAUGGUGGCCGCCGUGAGGGAGGUUACGGCGGUGGUGGCCGUGGCGGUGGUUAUGGCAGCGGCGGCGGGUAUUCGAGGGGUGGCGGUGGUUCUGAUGGUGGUAGCUGGAGGAAUUAGGAGUGGAAUUUUAAUGUUCUUGUUAUGAAUUUGGUUUGCGAUGUUUUUGGUUCUUCUCUUGUUUUCCUGUUUCGUUGGCUUGGCGUGUGUUCUGCUGAAUGUACAAAAUCAAUGUUUACAGAUUUCUGAAGAAUGAAGUAAAUUGAGAUUUUUUACCCCAACUAAGAGUUGUGUUCUUUUGUCUAAUUUUGAUUUGAUACUAAUUAGAUUGGAUCUGAUUUAAAAUAAUCAAAUAAAUUCAGGA